AAAUCCCAGACCCUCACCCAAACAACCAUUCGCUCCCCCGUCUUCUCCUACGCCCACCUCUCUUUGGUUUCCCCCUUCCCAUCCUCCUCCCAAAACACCCCCUCCCUCGACACCCUAACCGCCCGGCACUACCUGACCACCGCCCUCCGCCAAUUCCUCGGCGACACCGGCGCCUCGCUGGCCAUCGACAUGUUGCUAGUCGAGGGCACCGAGUGCUGGGUUCGCGUGCCUAGGGAGGAUUUGGCGGCUUUUGCGGCGGCGGUCACUGCUUACCCGGGCCAUAAUGUGGGAGGGGAAGAACAGAUGUUGAUGAGGGUGGUGGGGUGUGGGGAUUGGUUGGGGGCGUUGGUGGGGAGGGAGGGGGAAGGGAGAGUUUGG